AUGUUAGGUUUCGGUAGUGUGUUGGUCAUUUGCCUGCUGCUGGUUAAGGGAUCUUCGGCUGGAGAGGCCCCUUCCACGCAUAAACGUUCUGAUCCGAGGCGCAUUGGUAUUGGUGAAUACACCAAAAUCGAAUGCGCUCCCUUUAUUGUGUCCAUCCAACGAGACGGUUAUCACUUCUGCAGUGGUUCCCUAAUCGCCCCAAACUAUGUGGUCACCGCUGGCGUUUGUGUAUUUGGUCAAAACACCAAGAACCUUAUGAUACGAGCCGGUUCUUCUUGCACCAAAAACGGUGGACAAUUGGUGCCGGUUAAGGACUACCUAAUCAAUCACAACUUUAAUCCUAUAACUAAACGAGGUGACAUUGCCGUCAUAUUGCUGAAACACGCUGUGGUCAUAAACGGUGUUACCACACGGACCAUCGGCAGACCACAGAGACUUCAAUUGCCCACAAGUUGUGGCGGCGGCUAUAUAUAUGGCUGGGAACAAAUGCGAACGGCAGGAUUUCUGCCCAAUACUCGACUGAAGAGGGCGCCGGUUUUGAUUGGUCGUCAACUGCCAUGUGGUACGGCAUACCGCCACAAUGAGUGCUCAAUACAUGCUGGAAAUCUGUGUGCCGUAACCCACAAUUUUAAUUCUUGCGUUGGUGAUAUUGGCAGUCCAGUGGUAAGGAAAAAUCUGAUUGUUGCCGUUGUUUCCUGGUGCAGAGGCUGUGCUCAGAUUCCACUGCCAUGCGUGCUUUCAUCAAUGUCCUAUUUCGAUGCAUUUAUCACCAACGCAACAAGAAUCUUAAACGACGAAUUGAACAGAGUUUGUCCGAAACCCUAA